GGCUGCGCCUGUUGCCGCCCCGGAAGCGGAAGUGAGGGCGCCGCGGGUCCUUUCCAGCGCGAGCUCAGCCCGGCGUCGGUCGUUCCGCCCGCCGGUCACUUCGCGCCUCUCUUCUGCCGGUGUCCUCGUCACCGGCCCCUCCUCGCCAUGCUGUCUCUAGAUUUUUUGGACGAUGUGCGGCGGAUGAACAAGCGGCAGCUGUAUUAUCAAGUCCUAAAUUUUGGAAUGAUUGUCUCCUCAGCACUAAUGAUCUGGAAGGGGCUAAUGGUCCUAACUGGAAGUGAAAGUCCAAUUGUGGUGGUGCUCAGUGGCAGCAUGGAACCUGCAUUUCAUAGAGGAGAUCUUCUCUUUCUAACAAAUCGAGUUGAAGAUCCCAUACGAGUGGGAGAAAUCGUUGUUUUUAGAAUAGAAGGAAGAGAGAUUCCUAUAGUUCAUCGAGUCUUGAAGAUUCAUGAAAAGCAAAAUGGACAUAUCAAGUUUUUAACCAAAGGAGAUAAUAAUGCGGUUGAUGACCGAGGCCUCUAUAAACAAGGACAGCAUUGGCUAGAGAAGAAAGAUGUUGUGGGCAGAGCGAGGGGAUUUGUUCCUUAUAUUGGGAUUGUGACAAUCCUCAUGAAUGACUAUCCUAAAUUUAAGUAUGCAGUGCUCUUUCUGCUGGGCCUCUUCGUGCUGGUUCAUCGUGAGUAAGAAGCUGCCUUGCUGUUCCUGGGAGGUGCCGUACUUUGUGUUACUGAUGUUUGCAGUAGAUGUUGGUCUGUGGCUGGUGGAGUGGAGCGCACACGUGCUGCGCCUCCUGACAGCACUGGUUUGCAUUAGUUUAAGUUUCCACCCGGAGUCUGUAUGGGCAGGUGUGCGUGCCCCGCUGGGCGCUCUCCAGGGGACUCUCAAUCACAGGAUCUCACACGUUGUCAUUGUCCCACUUUCGCAUUUUUGUACAUCAGUGGAUUUUUUAUAUUAAAUGGUUGAGCCAAAGCCCCCAGUGUUUGUAUUUUGAAGCCAAGCUUCACUUUUAAAGUGCCUACAGAGUUCGAAGCCACCGUUCCUCCUUCUAAUGGGAAUGGCGCAUACUGAGGUGGUCGGAAGUUUUAACGUUUUAAAAUGUUAAAUAAAAGACUUUGCAUAUUGAA